AUUUCUGUGAAGGUAUGCUUUAUGUUUCUGAAAUUUGAUGUUACUGACGAAUUUAUUUACUUUGAUAGUAUAGCGCAAUACCCAAUUGCCAAAGCAUAUAUAUCUUGUUCGAUAGUUCUAAUCAUCCCCGCUAAGCCCAUUCCAUAAAUUCUUUUUCUAUAAUUGAGACUUGAGAGUACCGACUCUGAUCUAAGCUUCAGAAAUGGCUUUUGUUGUGGUAACUUCUCUGCUAGAAAUAGUAGAGAAACUUCUGAAACCCAAUCCAUCUUUGAUUAUUUGUAAUCGAGAAUUGGUAGUUUCUUUGUCCAAUAAGCUCCGCUUUAUUCAAGCCUUUCUUGAGGAAUCUGAGCUGAAAGCCUACCACAGCUUGUCUAAGAAAAUGUUGGAGGCAGAGAUCCUAGAUGUAGCUUCUGAAGCAGAAAUGAAAAUAGAAUCUAGAUUGAGAAAAGUUUAUUUGGCAACUAACAAGGGAGAGGGAGGGUGUGUAGUUGCAGCUUAUGAAGGGCUUCAUCAAACCUUAGAAGAAGUAUUAGUUAAAGAUAUUGACCCAGUUGAGUUAAGGAUCUUAAUAGAAAAAGUAAGAACUGCAUCUCCACAAGUCAGUUCAUCAGCAAAUGAUUUGAAGCAGGACAGAAUGGUUGGGGCUGCUACCGAAGGGGCUUUAGAGCCAAAGGAUCAGGUGAUUGUAGGAUUUGCAAAAGAUGAAGCUAUAUUAUUGCGAAGGCUCCUUAACCAACAUCUAUUGAAACGAGAAGUGAUCUCGCUUGUUGGGGAAGGAGGCAUAGGAAAAACUACACUAGCUAAGAGAGUCUUUGAAGAACUAGCUACUACUCACUUUGACAUUUGUGCAUGGAUCGUUGUGUCUCAACAUCAUAACCUCAAAGAGAUGUUAAUUGGCCUUUUACGUUGUAUCAUGCCAAUCACGACUGAAAUCUCCAUGAAAGACGAAUCCCAGCUAGCAGAGCAACUUUGUAGAAGUUUGAUAGGUCAGAAGUAUUUAAUUGCCUUAGAUGACAUAUGGACUUUUACAGCUUGGGAUGCCAUCCAAGGAUGUUUUCCAGAUAAUUUAAAUGGAAGCCGAAUCCUGAUAACUACUCGGUUCAUAGAGGUGGCUAGAUACACAAGUAAGGAUCCCCACUUCAUGAAGUAUCUAAGUCUAAAGGCAAGCUGGUCAUUAUUUGCGAUGAAUGUAUUUGGGGGAUCAACAAAUAAUGCUUUGUCCCCCUCACUUGAAUACUCAAUUUUUGGGAUAAAUAAAUACUUGCCCCCCACAUUUGAACACCCAAUUUGGGGCACCAAUAAAUUAUUUGAAUUCCUUGGGAGUCGUAUUGUUCUACAAUGCCAUGGAUUACCACUAGCAAUUGUUUUGAUAGCUGGACUUCUGGCAACAAUGAAAGAUUCAUUAGAAAUAUGGAGAGAUGUCGAGAAAACUCUGGGUGGAAUAGAAAGGAUUGAUGACAGAAUUUCAAAAAUACUUUCAUUGAGCUAUACCUACUUGCCUAGUCACUUGAAAGCUUGUUUUCUUUAUUUUGGAGUUUUUCCUGAAAAUAGGGAAAUUCCAGUUAAGAAAAUAAUCAAUUUAUGGGUUGCAGAAGGAUUUUUAAAGCAAAAGAAGAAUAAGAGUUUGGAAGAAGUGGCAAAGAGUUGCUUGGUUGAUCUUAUUAAUAGAAGUCUAGUUCAAGUUAACGAACUAAGCAUUGAUGGCAAAAUCAAGUCAUGUAAGAUUCAUGAUCGAUUACACGAGAUUUGUGUGAGAGAAGCUAAAAAGGAGAAUAUAGUUUGUGUUAUUGAUGAAAAACAUGCUCCAAAAACUAGUCGUUGGACAAGUUGGCAAUCAAGUCAUUGGCCAAUCACUCAAGCAAAUUAUGGAAACCACACUUCCAAUAAAAUCCAUUCCAUUCUCUACAGUGGUAAAGAGUUAUACCUUUCAAAAUGCAGGUUGUCAUACCCUUGUUUGGAAUUGUUAAGAGUAUUGGAUUUAUCUUUAAUUAACUACUCACACAGCAUUCCUAGUGGAAUAGUGGAGUUGGUCCAUUUGAGAUACUUCGCUUUAAGAACUAUUGGCUCUCUUUCUAAGUUUCGAUUGUUGAAGCUUCAAAAUUUGCAAACUCUCAUUGUUUGUUCGUGGAUAGAUGAAUAUCCCUUGCAACUCCCAUGUGAUAUUCUAGAUUUACCACAAUUGAGGCACUUGCGCCUUCAAAAGAAAUGUUCACAAUAUCUCCCAAGCAUGGUUCAAAAAAAUCUACAAACUCUUUAUUGGUUGAAAGUUUCUAGCUUGGAUCAAAACCCAAACUUUAGAAUGGUUCCAAACCUAAAGGAACUAGGGAUCUACAUUGAAGGUGAACUACUGCCUGGUUGUGUUGAGAGCCUCGUCCAUUUACAUCUACUUGAGAAGUUAAAAUUUGAAAUUGGAAGGGUUGAACAGUUUUACCUUCCUACUGCUUUUCCAUCAAACCUUAAGAAAUUGACAUUUCGUCGCACUUAUCUUCCAUGGGAAAAGAUGGGUGUAAUUGGCAAGUUGAAGAACCUUGAGGUGCUCAAAUUGAAAGAUUUUGCCUUUCAUGGUCCAAAGUGGAAACCAAAAGUUGGGGAGUUUGGGGUAUUAAAGGUACUCCUUAUUGCACAUUCAAAUAUCAAACAAUGGAAUGCAAAUGUUCAUCAUUUCCCAGUUUUGGAGCGCCUAAUCCUAAGAUAUUGUUGGGAUUUGGAAAAGGUUCCAGAUUGUUUUGCAAAAAUUGAAACAAUGAAAUUAAUUGUGUUAGAUAGUUGUACUUCUUCUCUUGUGGCUUCUACAAACCAGUUUUCUUCUACAAACAUGUUAUUGUUUAAGAAAAUGCCUGCACUUCCUGUUCGUCGUGUUGGAACUAAGGUUGAAUUGCCAAAUAAUGAAAGCUCUGAAGGAGAAAGUAUAGAAAGCUCUGAAGAAGAAAUUGUAGAAAGCUCUGAAGAAGAAAGUGUGGAAAGCUCCGAAGAAGAAAGUGUUGAUAGCUCUGAUCAUGAAAAAGGGCUGGAAGUUCAGAAAAGUGUGAUGAAAUACCUGAAGAAGAAGACGUCAAAAGCUCUAAAAUGGAAUGCAUUGAGUGAAUUGAAGAGGAAAGUGUGUAGAGCUCUAAGAAGAAAGUGACAGAGGAGGAGGAAGCUAUUGUAUUGCAAUGCAAUAUCUGUACAGUAGCUGGUAUAUACAUAAUUUUACUCUAAUUUCGUCCAAAAAGGAGGCUAUUCAUGCAAUAGAAUUUGAAUUUCACUUUUAUCUUUCAGCUUGUAAGCUCGUGAUUGAUGUUUGUAAGGUGGUCAUUGCCGACACCCACUGUUUGGUUUCAUCGAGUUCAGAACUGGCUAAUGUUGCAGUCCAUAAAUAUAUCCAGUUUUCCAGUCCAAUCCAGAUUGGCAUUGAUCUGUCUCUUUGGGUUGAUUGAAGAUGCUUAUCAUCUCGCUUUCCGGGGGAAAGAAACUUACACAAACAGAGUUCCCCACUGGAUUCUUCAAGCACAGCUCAAUGGUUCAUCCAAAUGUUGUAUUUUUGCUUUCUAGUUAAUUACGACAAUAUUAUCCAUCUCUGUCUUAUAUUGCCUUCUACUACAUCUUAUGUUGAACUCAUCAAAUUGGUUUCUUCCUGGCAAAUGUUUAUUUUGAUUA